AUGUCGACGGUGAUGGCGAGAGAGGAUCGUCUUCUUCGACAUGGUGGUGAGGCAAAAAUAAGAGGAGCUCCUCUACUUGUUGUGAGGAUAGCAGAGAUUGAGGGGAGGGGGAGGGCGGUGGUUGCCUCUGAGCCGCUGAGAGCAGGCCAAAUCGUCAUCAGGGACUCCCCAAUCCUCCUCUAUUCCGCUCUUCCUUUGACAAUUCUUCCACCUCCCCAUCAACCACAGCAACAACACUACCACAAUCUUUACUGCUCCAAUUGCUUCCGAAUCCUACAAAAGCCUUCGAUCCCCACGCUUGUUUCGUGCUCUUCCUGCUCCUCUGCCCUCUUCUGUGGAUCUAAUUGCCGCUCCGUCGCUCUCUCUUCUUCACACACUCCUUGGGUCUGCCAAGCUCUAACCCGCCUUCGAGAUUGCCCUUCGCCCCUGCAGCUGCACCACCACCGAGAUCGCCAAGUCCAAGCACGUUUCCUCGUCGCCGCCUACAACCUCGCCCUCGUUUCCCCUUCCGAUUUCCAAACUCUGCUGUCCCUUCAAGGCGAUUGCAGUUCCACUGCCCAGCCCGAAGAAGCUGCCCUUUUCCUCCAUUUCCUCAUCUCUUCUCUUUGUCCUCCGCUUCCUUCUCAGAACUCCACCGGAUUUGGGUUUUCCUUGGAACUGACGGCGUCUCUCCUGGCCAAGGACAAGCUCAACGCCUUCGGCUUAAUGGAGCCUUUCUCAGAAGACACACAGAGAUCAGUCAGGGCUUACGGUAUCUAUCCUAAGGCAUGUUUCUUUAACCACGAUUGCCUCCCAAAUGCCUGCAGGUUCGAUUACGUCGACGCAGAUUCUGCAACCCAGCACAACACCGACAUUAUCGUUAGGGUUAUCCAUGAUGUUCCUCAAGGCAGGGAGAUCUGCUUGAGUUAUUUCCCUGUGAACCUCAAGUAUUCCGACAGACAACGCAGGUUGAGGGACGAUUAUGGUUUCACAUGUCAGUGCGAUCGUUGCAAGGUCGAGGCCAAUUGGUCAGACGAGGAAGAUUUGGGGGAUGAUAGUAAUAGUGAUGAGGAAAAGGACGAGGAGUUGAUGGAUGAGGAUCUUGAUGAACACAUGGAUAUGGCGGACUCAGCGACUGAGGAUUGUAGUGUGGUCAAUAGAGACGAUGAUUUCCCUCACGCAUAUUUCUUCCUGAGAUACAUGUGCAAUGGAAACAAUUGCUGGGGCACUUUGGCCCCUCUGCCUCCAUCGGGUGUGACUCCCUCUUCUGCAAUGGAAUGCAAUGUUUGCGGCAACUUGAAGUAUUAUAAAGAGCUGAUGGAUGGUGAUGCGCUGCACCAAUGA